ACUUGCCUCGUAGGAAAAAGACAUCAACACCGCUGACGGUAGGAGGCGAACCGCCGAAAUCCAAAAGUUGAAGGGGCCUUUGACAGAACAAUAUUCGGGAUGCCAAGUGUCACCUUUCCUUAAAUUCAGGGUGGCAUCUUCACGGUUGCUGUGUCGGUGCUGAAAGUCUCGAAAUCUUGCGAGGAACGAACUAACGACAAAAUGGUGGCUACAAAUUUGAAAUCAGAAACGAUGUCUCUGAUGGAUAAAAGGAAAGCCAUGGAGACUGAGAUGAAUGCCAUCAUAGCUCGUCUCUGCCAACCGGGAGGCCCUGGACUUUCAGGCGAUCUUGUUGAUUCGGAGGGAUUUCCUCGGUCGGAUAUCGAUAUUCCUGCUGUCCGGGCUGAUAGGCACCGUCUUGCUGACCUUCAUAAUGAUCACAAGGACAUAACAGACAAGAUAAAUGAAAACUUGCAAGUUCUGCAUUCGGUGAGGCUUGCUCAUAGUGUUUCUUCUCCUGCCAAGGAUUCAGAUAACCAAACUUCAAAUAUUGGCCAUGCUGUUGCAUCUGCAUCUUUGCCUAAUAUUGUUCCCAGUGAUACUCCCAGUGCCAUGGAUGUGGAUUCAACCAUUAGUGUGCCCUUUGCCCUGGUUGAUGAAAUAGCUGAUGCUUCUCCAGCAGCAGAAGAUGGAUUACAACUUGGGGACCGGAUUGUGAAGUUUGGUAAUGUAGAAUCUGGUGAUAAUUUGCUGCCAAGGCUUGCUUCUGAAGCUCAGUUAAAUGAAGGUCGUGCGAUUCCUUUGAUAAUUAUGAGGCAGGGAACACUAAUCAACUUAAUUGUGACACCAAGACAAUGGAAUGGCCGUGGCCUGUUGGGAUGCCAUUUCCGUAUCUUAUAAUCAGUUAUUGUUGUCUCAUCACCGGGAGAGCAGCUGGUAGCUAUCUUUCCAUUGUUUCAGACAGAAACAUGUGCUGAUACAGGAAAUUCUCAUAGGCCUGUAAUGCAUUCCAUUAGUGGUAGUUUGUUGAUUUCCGGUUAUACCAUGUGGUGUGGUUUCUUUAUGGAAUCCACGUAACAUUUUGAUUACUGAUUUUAUCUUAUAUUUUCAAUGAAGAUGUCCCUCUAAUAGGUACUCUCA